AAUAACAUAAUAAGAUUUGUAGUGUAUAUAAAUAUAUAAAAAUAAUUUAAUAAAAAAUAUAAAAUAAAAUUGUAAGCAAUUUAAAAAACACAUUACUAUUUAUAAAUGAAUUUAAUUAUAAGUAAUUAGCGACUUAAACAUCAUGUAAAGUGAAAAACCAUGUAAAUUAAAAAAAAAAAUUAGACUUCGUAUAAUUAAUUAUGUAAAUUAAAAUAAAUUUAGUUAAGAAAAUGUAAAUUAAAAAUAAAUAUUUAAUGUAAUAAAAAUAAAAAUAAAAAUAAAAAAGAAUAAAAAGGAGAAUAUGCAGUGCAAGCGUGUUGAAGGAGAAAAUUGAAUUCGUAGAUCUAAGAAGGAUGUCUGGUGUUGGAAGUAUAACGGGCAUCCAGGGGCAACCUCUUGAGGUUACGGUUGUUUGUUGCUCGAAAUUGAAGGACACAGAAUGGAUUUCAAGGCAAGAUCCGUACGUUUGCUUGGAAUACGGCAGCACCAAAUUCCGAACAAGAACUUGCACCGACGGUGGAAAAAACCCUUUAUUUCAUGAGAAGUUCACAUUUCCCCUUAUUGAAGGUCUUCGUGAGAUCAAUGUCAUCGUUUGGAACAGCAAUACCCUCACCUUUGAUGAUUUCAUCGGCACCGGAAAGAUUCAAUUGCACAAAGUUCUCUCUCAAGGUUUUGAUGACUCUGCUUGGCCACUUCAAACCAAAACUGGCAGAUACGCUGGCGAAGUCAAACUCAUUUUGCAUUAUACUCACCAACAGAACUCCGCCUCAAGCCACCAUACUCCUCCUCCCUACGCCUAUAUGCCAACACAAUAUAAUUCUCCUCCUCCUCCUUCUUCCUACUACCCACAACCACAACCACACUCUAAUUCAGCUCCUUUCCAUCCACCACCCGCUUACCCUCCUUAUUCUUCACAAUAUUCUUCUCCAUAUCCACCACCACCCUCAUCCUAUUCAUACCCACCUCCAUCUUCAUCAUCACCAUACCCUCCUGGACCACACUCCUAUCCACCAUCUUCAUACCCUCCUCCACCUGCAGCUUAUCCUCCAAACGCUCCGGGAAUUUACCCUCCACCACCAUACUGACUGAUUCUGAUUCAAAUUCAGAUUCAGAUUCAGAUUCAGACUACAUUCUCAAGUCUCCACCAAGGAAGGAACCACCGUCUUUUUGUAGAUACAUGUUUCGUACAAUCUUUCUUACCCACAUUUUCUGUUUCUUAUAUUUCUACAUUAGAGAGCUACCAUUUCUCUUACUUUUUAUUUUAUAAGCAUGACCUCACAUCUAUUCAAACUAAGUUGUUAGUGGCACCCUAUCAAUUGUUUAUUGCUUACCGAACUCAUUACUCCAUAUGCUUUCAAUGGAUGCUUUUUAUAUAGUUGCAACCACCAAUAUCAGAACAAAAAAGUUAACUACCUAACAGAUCAUAAGAGGUUAGCACACUAACUUAACUUACCAGUAUGCUAGAGAAAAUGCAAAAUCUGUCAUCGAGGUCCAACUUGAAAGUGAAUUGCUGGAAUUGAAGAUCAGGUAAACCUUGGUUUAAUGAUCAAUUAAUUGGUGUUUGAAUGGUACAUGGACAAGAUUCAGAAAACCUUAAUGAAGUGGUAAUAUAUAUCCAUGUGUUUAGAAUCAGACAGAAACGAUAAAUCUUGCCCUGGAGAAGAUUUUAAGUAUCGUGGAACAUUGUGGAUAAACGUCAUGGUGAUUUUUGUAGGGUUUAUUCAUGUAUUGGAUAUGUUUGUUGACAAUAAAGGUUAUCUGUGCGGGGAGAGACAAUGAUAUAAUUUUUUCUAUCAUUCUCUUAUAUUGAGUAGGGUUUUCAAGGAGGUCACUGCUGUUUUUUGACAUAGUCAGUCAGAUUAUGAUUUUCUCGUA